AUGUUCAGCUUUACUGUGAUAGACCAUAGUGUUGAAACCUCGGGUAGUCCCCGAAGAUACGACUUCGACAUGGAUGAGGAAGAGCUGAUUGUCGAGGUAGUGAAAUAUCUCAUCGAAGAAAGCUCCGGGAUCGAACCAGACGAGCAGAUCCUCAUGCAUGACUGGCGGGCGAUGAAGGACGACACAGAGCCGCUCCCCGUCGACCCUGACGCCCAUUUGGACAUUCACCUCUAUCGCCGGCCGCCUUUCGACCAGAUGCUCUACAUCGUCAGCCAACGCGGAUCGGACUACUUCCGCUCUGCCCACCACGGCGGCGCCACCGUCGCGGACCUAAAGAGGCGUCUCGCGAGGACGUUCCUGGUGAGGUCUGGUGAUCCACUGAGAUCCUUCGCCCUCAUCUCCCCAUCGAGGUUUUUCUGGGCAAGGAAGACGAGUUGGAAGAUAGGAGGCAGGAGAUUUGCGUCUCCGCGAAGAGGGAUACCGAACCUUCACUAUGGCGCCUGAGGAUACCUUUGACAUGCUGGUCGGACGACUGGAGCUUGAAGGGGAGCAAGUCACCUUCGGCUCAGAUGGGUUAGAGUUUGAUAAUUGGAAGACAUUAGGGGAGUACCUGUUGACUCAUGCCAUGCUGAGGAUUUCUGAAUAG